UGCCCCCCCCGCCAUGCCCGAGCACACAGCCGCCUCCAGGCUCCGGCUCUCCGGGCUCUGCUUCCUCCUCCAAAUCCUCAACGUCCUCCUCUUCGCCGCGUUCGUGCGGUACAGCCCCGAGAGCAGCCGCGGGCCGUGCCCCUCGCAGCUGAACUGCAGCCGGAGGAACCCGCACUCGGGCUUCCAGCGGCCCCGUUCUCAGGGUGGCCACAUCCAAGUGCUGCUCAGCUUCGGGCUCCUGGUGGCAUUUCUCAGCCGCUAUGGGUCGGGCAGUGCAGCCACCAGCAUCCUCAUCAUGGCCUUUGCCAUCCAGUGGGCUGUUCUGAUCCAGGGGAUCUUUCACUUCUUCCUCAAUGGCAAAAUUUACGUGGGAGCUCAGAGCAUGGUCAGUGCUGACUUCUGCACUGCAGCUGUUCUGCUCUCCGCUGGGGCUGUUCUAGGCAGGGUAAACCCUGUCCAGCUGCUGCUGCUGGCCCUGCUGGAAGUCACCGUGUGCACUCUCAAUGAAUACAUCCUGCUCAGUCUCAUGGGGGUGAGCGACAGUGGAGGCUCCUUGACCGUCCACACCUUUGGUGCUUACUUUGGCUUGGUGGUUUCACGGCUCCUGUACCAGCCCCACAAGGACGAGAGGAAGAGGGAAGAGCAGCAGAACACGGGGCAGCAGAGAGAUGUCUUUGCUGUGGUUGGAACCAUCUUCCUGUGGAUCUUCUGGCCCAGCUUCACCUCCACCACCGCUGUCCACGACAGUGCUGAGAACUGGGCAGUGCUCAACAGCUGUUUCUCACUGGUGGCGAGUACUGCGGCCACCUUCAUCCUCUCUCCUGUCCUCUACGAGGAGGGCACCCCACGGAUGGUUCAGAUCCAGGAUGCCACCCUGGCUGGCAUGGCAGUGAUGGGUAUGGCUGGGGAGAUGCUGGUCACCCCCUUUGGGGCCCUCAUUGCAGGGCUCCUGGUUGGCCUGAUCCCCCCUCUUGGCUUCAGAUUCUUCACGCCCGUUCUACAAUCCAGGCUGAAAAUCCAGGACACCUGUGGGGUUCACAACAUCCACGGGCUGCCUGGGAUACUGGGGGCCCUGCUGGGGACACUGCUGACGCUGCUGGCCACUGCAGACACCUAUGGUGACAGGCUGGAGCUUGUAUUCCCACUGGUGGCCCAGGGCAGCCGGUCAGUCACUUACCAAGCACUCCUGCAGCUCAGUGCCCUGCCCCUCACCCUGCUGCUGGCAGCGCUCGGGGGCUGCAUCACAGGUUGCAUCCUGAAAACCAAGAUGCUGAGGGGUUCCCCGGACGCGCAGUCCAUGGACCACACCGUCUUCUGCGAGGUGGCCGAGGAGGAGCCUGACCCCAGGGCAAGCAGCAAAGAGCUGGGCACCAGCACCCUGGUGUGAUGGUGAGGUCCUGCAGCACCCCUGGUUUGUCACUGCCAGCCUGAACUUCCCAGCAGCCUGCUCUGGAGACAGCUCCUGCUCCCAAACCUUUUGGGAACAGCUGGGCUUUGGGAACAGCUUCACGGGGUGAAGAGGUGCUGCAGUAUCCCAGUGCUUGCUGUGAGACACAAGAGUGCUUGUGUUGACCCUGGGUCACCUUGGGGUGUCCAAGGUGGCUCAGCCACUUCCCCUCUCUGCUCCUUGCCUCAGUUUCCCCGUCAGCUGCUCUCUGAAGAAAGGCAAUGGAGGGAAGGAGGGAUGACUGUGUUGGGAAAUGGGCACAGGAGGCUCAACAGAAAGCAGCAAAGACUUUGUACAGACACUUUUGCACGCAACAAUUAAAAAUAUAUGGAUUUUUUUUUGUAGCUUCAGGAUUUGUCCCUGAAUCCUCAUGGCCACCUGCCUAGCUCUGCUGUUCAGGUGUCAAGCCUGCCAGCUUCCCCUGCACCCCAAACGCUGAUGCCAUUAGUUUGGUUUCAUGGGCUGUCCCACGCACCCGAGGGUGGUGCAGUGGCUGGAGUGUGGGACAGCCCGAGCAGCCAGCACCCAGGGGCAGGAGCAGGGUGACCCCAGGGUGACCCCUGACCUUCCCCUGGCCACUCACCUGCACCGGGGGCUCCUCUCAACAAACAAAUGCCCCCAGCACCCAGAGAGAGAGAGAGAGAGAUGCUCAUCCCCCCCCAAAGAGGCUGUCACCUCACCUGGGAGCAAAUCCGACCACACUGGGAAUGUGAACCCACAGAGGGUCCUGCAGCAACGCGAGCAGGGGCACAGCCCCAGAGGAUUCCUAGAGGGGCCAUGGUGGACGUGCCAGGGGUCCCCGAUCGGGGGGGACACCCUGGGGUCCCAUCUCCCACGAGCCUGGGGUGGCUGCAGGCAUUUUCACACUUCCUGUGCCGGACUCCCUCAGGCACAGGUGUCCCCAGCUGCCAGCACC